AUGCUCUUGUUACGCAAUGCUGAGGGCGUUGGAGGGACUGCCGUCUUGGAGCUUGCAUCCUCCUGUGGUUUUGUCGUCAGUCCAGCUGUGUUUGUUGCAGCCGAUGUGGACGCUCCCGUUGCUGGUGUAGUGGAUAAUGAAAAUAAAGGUGCAGAUGUUGCAGCAGAUGAGCAAGUGGAUGGUGCAGCGGUAGAGGCAACAUUUGUUGUGCCGGUGUUCGCUGAAAGGCUGAAUGUAGGUGCUGCUGUAGAUGAUGCAGCAGUCGAAGCAGCUGGUGCACCAAAGGCUGGCUUCGCUGCACCAAAGGCUGGAGUGUUGGUUGUGGUAGUGGUAGCGAGACCUGGUGUUGGAUUAAAGGGAGAAGGCGUCGCAGGCUUGGUACCACCAAAAAGCGGAGUUGUAGCCGGGGCAGCACUAGCUGCUGAGGUAUUCAAACUGAGCGAGAAUGGUGAUGUGGAAGCAGCUGUCGAAGUGGGCGCAGCUGUCGGAGUUGCUCCAAAGAGACCUCCUGCAGGUGCUGUUGUAGCAGGCUUUUGUGCUGCGCCUCCAAAAAGAGAUGAUGUGGUUGCAGGAGCUGAUGUCGCGGGCGCACCAAACGAAAGUGCUGGUGUAGAUGUAGUAGCAGUGCUACCAAAUAGUGAUGGAGCUGACGUAGCUGUCGAAAUGCCGCCCAAUGUUGGACCUGGAGUAGAUGCUGCAAAUGUACCAAAUCCACCGGUGGAUGGUUUUGCAGCUGGCGCUCCAAAUGAAGGCGCAGCAGGCGCUGAAGUAGUAGUAAUCGCCCCAAAAGGGCUUGCAGUCGAGGUUGCGGCAGCUGGAGCCCCAAAAAGGGAUGGUGCGGCAGCUGAAGAUGUCAAUGUAGACCCAAAUCCUCCCGUAGAUGCUGGUGUAGAUCCAAACCCCCCUGUAGGUGCUGGCGUAGAUCCAAACCCUCCUGUAGAUGCUGGCGUAGAUCCAAAUCCUCCUGUAGAUGCUGGCGUAGAUCCAAAUCCUCCCAGGGAUGCUGAUGUAGACCCAAACCCACCGGUAGAUGUUGGUGUUGAUCCAAAUGUGGUACCGGAGCCAAAUGAUGUUGUACCAAAUGCUGGCGUUGUUGCUGUGGAUGUUGCUGGUUUACUUCCAAAGGCAUUCCCAUCUGUAGAGCUACCAAAGCCUCCUGUUGCGCCUGUACCAAAUCCCCCAACUGUGGUGUAUGUAUAA